AUGGCCGAUGCGCGUGCCGAAAACACCCCACACCAAGACCUCCCCCAUCAACUCCCCCAACAUCGUGUCCAAUUCAUGUCCUUCGUGCAAUACUCCGAGUCCGAGUCCGAGGCAGACACGCCAUCCCCUCGACCGGCCAAAAAGCCGCGUCCCAACCAGCCAUCAUCGCUCCCUCCAUUACCCGCGGCGUUCCACGAUCUCUAUGCCUCGAGCACGCGGGUCAGCGUCAGAGACGACCCGAGCCUCCACGGCGGACGGAAACGCGUCAUUCCCCAUGUGGAGGGGAACUGGCCAACGCAUCUCUACUUGGAAUGGUACCCGUCGAAAGGAGAGCUGCCUCUCCUUGCCGAUCUGAUCGCCCAGGCAGAGGAUCAACAUGACCAGAAAGCAGAAAUCCACAGUCUCUUGCACAGUGACCUGGGCGCUCAGCUGCCCCUCCACAUCAGCCUGUCUCGGCCAGUGGUCCUCCGCACCGAGCAGCGUGCCUUGUUCACCGAGACGCUUCAAAAUACCAUUCGUGACUCGCAUAUUUCUCCGUUCGAGGUCGUUCCCGACAGUCUGGACUGGGUGUCCAAUUACGAACAGACGCGCUGGUUCCUCGUUCUGCGGGUUCGAAAGCCAGCAAACGAUGGCUUGAACCGUUUGCUUCGGGUGUCAAAUGACUCCCUUGCUCUUUUCGAUCAGCCGCCCCUUUAUCAAGACCCCCGCCCAUCCCGUGCGUCUGCCCGUGGCCAAGACAGCGGUCUGUGCCCAGACUCCUCACACUAUUUUCAUAUCUCCCUGGCGUGGAAUCUCUCAGAUCCGAGUUCGAGCGCUCGUGACCGCGUUGCGAGUACAGACUUGCGGCCGUUGCGGGAGUUGCGAGUGCGCUUCUCAAGCGUCAAAGCCAAGAUUGGGAACCAUGUCGCAAGUAUACCGCUGCCAACAGCGGUGCCGGAUGGAGGGCUUCGUGGAUUAUGA